CUGCGAAAGCCAACGGGGCCGGGCUUGUGGCAGCGUGUUUACGUCCUCUUCCUCAAGGAGAGCAGCCGAGGCAAGCCGAGGCGUGGGCGCACCAUGGGCAGGACAGUCACUGUCGCUACCUGCGCCUUGAACCAAUGGGCGAUGGAUUUUGAUGGCAACCUGGAAAGGAUUUUGAAAAGUAUUGAAAUUGCAAAAAACGAAAAAGCAAGAUACCGAGUUGGACCAGAACUUGAAAUUUGUGGAUAUGGCUGUUCAGAUCAUUACUAUGAAUCAGAUACACUCUUACAUUCAUUUCAAGUUCUGAGGAAGCUUUUGGAAUCUCCUGUUAGUCAAGACAUAAUAUGUGAUGUUGGAAUGCCUGUUAUGCAUCGAAAUGUUCGCUACAAUUGUAGAGUGAUCUUUCUAAACAGGAAAAUUCUUCUAAUACGGCCAAAGAUGGCACUGGCAAAUACAGGAAACUACCGGGAAAUGCGAUGGUUUACACCUUGGAGUCGAUCACGUAAUGUAGAAGAAUAUUUUCUUCCCAGGAUAAUACAGGAGGUAACGCUUCAGGAAAGUGUCCCAAUUGGUGAUGCGGUACUGUCUACCUUAGAUACCUGCAUAGGGACUGAAAUCUGUGAAGAACUGUGGAUACCAACCAGUCCUCACAUUGAGAUGGGAAUUGACGGUGUGGAGAUCUUCACAAAUUCCUCAGCAAGUCAUCAUGUAUUAGGAAAAGCUCAUACUCGAGUGGAAUUAGUAAAUUCUGCAACAGCAAAGAAUGGUGGCAUAUAUCUCUUAGCCAAUCAGAAGGGCUGUGAUGGUGAUCGUCUCUAUUAUGAUGGCUGCGCCAUGAUUGCUAUGAAUGGAAGCACCGUUGCUCAAGGUGUUCAGUUCUCUCUGGAUGAUGUGGAAGUCUUGGUUGCCACACUAGACCUAGAAGAUGUCAGAAGUUAUAGGGCAGAAAUAUCCUCUCGAAACCUAGAAGCCAGUAAAGUGACUCCUUACCCCAGAAUAAAAGUACACUUUGCACUUUCAUGCUCUGAUGACAUAUGUACGCCUACAAAUGAGCCAAUCCAGUGGAAAUAUCAUAGUCUUCCCGAGGAAAUCAGCCUUGGUCCUGCAUGUUGGCUUUGGGACUAUUUAAGGCGUAGCAAACAGGGAGGAUUUCUCUUGCCACUGAGUGGUGGAGUGGACAGUUCAGCAACAGCCUGUAUUGUGUACUCCAUGUGUUGCCAAGUUUGUUACGCUGUAGAGAAUGGAAAUCAGAGUGUUUUGGAUGAUGUACGUAAAAUAGUAAACGAUGAGGCCUAUAUACCAACAGAGUCACAGGAAUUGUGUAGGCGCAUCCUGACAACUUGCUACAUGGCUAGUGAGAACUCGUCUCAAGAAACACACAACAAUGCAAAAUCUUUGGCUGGAGAAAUUGGCAGCUAUCAUAUAAACAUAAAUAUAGAUGGAGCAGUGAAGGCCAUUUGGGGGAUCUUCAGCACAAUAACAGGACGGCUGCCUCAGUACCGAGUUGAUGGAGGAAGCGUCAGGGAAAAUCUGGCUCUACAGAAUGUCCAGGCCAGAAUAAGAAUGGUGUUCGCCUACUUGUUUGCACAGCUGUCCUUAUGGACUCGUGGGAUGCCCGGUGGACUGUUAGUCCUUGGAUCAGCUAAUGUGGAUGAAAGCCUUUGGGGAUAUUACACAAAGUAUGACUGUUCCAGUGCUGAUAUCAAUCCCAUUGGGGGAAUUAGCAAGGCUGACUUGAAAACUUUCAUCCAGUACUGCAUUGAGAAUUUCCACCUCAUGUCUCUCAAAGGCAUUCUAUCUGCACCACCGACAGCAGAGUUGGAGCCCAUGAAGAAAGGGCACAUCGUUCAAACAGAUGAGGCAGAUAUGGGGAUGACAUAUGCUGAACUCUCUGUCUAUGGCAAGCUGAGAAAGAUAGCUAAGGCUGGACCUUACACCAUGUUUUGUAAACUGAUCACAGUAUGGAAAGAUUUUUGUUCUCCAAGAGAGGUGGCAUCAAAGGUUAAGCAUUUCUUCCGAAUGUAUUCUGUCAAUCGACAUAAAAUGACAACUCUCACACCAUCCUACCAUGCUGCAAACUACAGUCCUGAUGACAAUCGGUUUGAUCUGAGACCCUUUCUGUAUAAUUCCUCCUGGUCCUGGCAAUUCAGGUGUAUAGAUGAACAGGUUUCUAAACUAGAGACGAAAGACCACAAGCUUGAAGAUGUUGUUUGACUUCCUUCCCUUGCUUCUGUAGAUGUGUGACAGCGAAGCAUCCAGCAGCCUAGAUAUUUUGAAGAUCAGAAUAAUUCUGGAGAUUGUCUAAACCAAUGUCUUAAAUACAUUUAUAGUGAUCUUUACCCAUAAAACAAUUUUAUAAACAUUAAUUUUAAUGAUAAGAAGUAAAAUGCAAGUCCAAAAUGGCAUUGAAUAAGUACAGUGUCUCUUAAAAAUUUAUUCCUUUCUGUAACAACCUAAUGUUCUUGGGAGAAUACUAUGGAAAUAGUAAUCCUAUGAACUGUAAAACUACUCGGGCUCUUCAGUAAUAAUUUAAUUAGAUUUCAUAUCUGUUACAUAUAUCAGUUGAGUGAACAACUUAACCAACUUUUCAAAAACUGAGUAUUUCGAGUUUUUAAGGAAUUAGUUGGGCAUUGAACAUCCUCUUUAUAGGUAAAUACAUACAUAAAUAGCUACUGCUGUGGCCAGUGGAGCAUACUCUCAGUUAAAUGGUAACAAGAUUAAAGCCCAAGGUCUAUACUAAAUUUGUACAUUCCAGCUAGAACAGAUUAAGUAAAUCACUGCUAUUUACACAAAGUGUUGACUCCCCAAAUUUCUCUUUAUUCAGUGGAUCUGUUCUAGUUGGGACUAACAAUUGGAUUUAAGCUUGUGUUAAUAGAUUUAUUGCACUGCUCCACCUGAUGACUGACAACUACUUGUGUACAGGCAGCAACUCUGUCUGUAGUUUUGGACUAGAACCAGUCGGUGGAAAUUAUUAGGAAGCAGGUUUUGACUAAACAUUAGAUAGAACUUCCUGAAAGUCAGAAUUGUUCCAAGUCUGGCCUUGGAAAGCAUGGACUCAUUCAUUGAAGAUAUUUAAAUAGAAGCUGGACAGUCAACUCAAUGUAGAACAUGUGAAGUUGGUUUAUAUGGAAUACGAAUAUUGGUCCUUCUAUUUCAGUAUUGUUGAUGCUGGCAGGCAGCAGCUUUCCAACUUCACCUAGAGGCACCAGGAAUUGACCCUUGAAUUUUCAUAUCAUUUAAGAUGUGUGUUAUGCCAGUGAGAUCUGGCUCCACAAAUUCUGUAUUUAGAUCUACCACUGUAGUUCCUAUAUGAGCAGGGGAUUAGACUAGUUGACCUCUAAUGUACUUCAGAUUUUGUAAUUCAAUAAAACCAACAUGUUGAAAGUUAAACAAUUCACAAAUAUGUAAUUAAAUAUAGUGCUACUGAAAUGCUCCUUUAUUUAAUUUUUAUCCAGUUCUUCUAAAACUGGGACUGUAAACAUUUUACAAGAAGGUUUUAAAGAAUUAAAACUGAUUAUGUACUCGCUGUCUAUACACAUAAUUUUAAAUACAGAUGUUAAAGCAAAAAAAAAAAUCAAAACUAUAUUAAAAUACAUAAGUAAAACAAAGUGUAAUAUUCCUAGUUGAAAUUCCUUCCUUAGCAGCCAGUUGUCAAAAGCAUUCCUUAAUCAAAGGCAUAGAUAUUUUGGAGAGGCAUCAGUACUAUUUGGCAGAGAAGGGCAUGAUUCCUUAGCAUUGAGACAUGGCAGUUAAAGUGAUGUCAAAUUGCAUUAAUUCUACAGUAGAUGCACCCAAUAAAGAUUGUUUUUUAGGAACAAGAACCAAUCCUUGGAUGUUCCUGAUAACCAUCUUUUUGUAUUUUCAGAAAAAAACUAUAAAUAAACCCCAAGAAAGUUUGGGUACAGCUAUGAUGCUGGUCCUCAUGGACUUUUUUUUUCCUCAUGUUUUUACACCAAAAGUAGCUGCUUGGCAGGAGCCUAGGAACAAUACAAUUUCCAUACCUGAACUAAAAGAUACAAGAUGAGUUCGUCAGCUUUGAAAUGUCAAGGUGUGUUCAGUGGCAGAACCAGUAACCCAAAACAAAUGAAUAUUUGGACCUGAAAUCAACAAAGGUGAAUCUUAUUUAAGUACCUGUUUAGCAUUACCCUGAUUCCUAGAAGUGACUUAAGAUAUGGGUGGAUGUGGCAGAGAAUGAAAAACUAACACUCCCAACAAUCAAGGAUCUGAGGAAUGAGAGUUUCUGGGGUCUUAACCUGUUUGAGGGGAAAUACAAAAACUAAAACUGUAAGUAACUGAACUUCAUUUAGCAGAACAGCAGAAAAUGCAUGCCUCAAUCUCAGAUUGCUUCUCUAAAUUGAAGCUGAUUCAAAAACAAGGCAGGAAAUUUCAGGUUAAAAAAUUAGAAAAGUUUAGUAAUGGCUUUACAUUUACAUAUCCACAGAGAACCUACAUUCAAACUAGCUAAUGAAAAGAUUAAAUAAAAUAUGUUAGUUUCAUUCUUAACUCAUUUUUUGAUGAAUUGAAGCAUGGCUGAAGAGAGGAAAAAGAAGACCUGAAAACUAACAUCACAUCAUAGAGACCACGAGGGGGAUGGGGGACAACAACAAAAUAUGAUUGAUGAUCCUAGGAACUUUCCUGGGUCACAUGGUGUAUUGACUUGGAGACAUAAAAGAGGCAAGGAUAGAAAUAAUAAAUGAGAGCUUUAAGUGAGGAAAAAACUCAGAUGAGUUUCAUGUGUGUGUGCGGGGUUGGGUGGGAAUGCUCCAAUUUUCCAACAAAACCAAGUUUCCAGAAACCAUUAGCCAGUUCUGCUGAGAAAUCACAAAGACGGUGGUGACCUUUGUUAGAUUCUAGACCAAGGGUCCCCAAACUAAGGCCCGGGGGCCGGAUGCGGCCCAUCAAAGCCAUUUAUCCGGCCCCUACAGCACAAGGGCAGAAGGGGGUUGGGCUAAAUGACCCAAGGGGUCUCUUCUCUUCCAACCCUUAUUAUUAUUAUUAUUAUUAUUAACAUUGAGGCUGGGUGGCCAUCUGUCAGGGGUGCUUUCCUUGUGCUUUUGGUGCACAAAGGCAGAAGGGGAUUGAACUAAUUGGCUCAAGGGGUCUCUUCCAACCCUCUUUAUUAUUAUUAUUAUUAUUAUUAUUAUUAUUAUUAUUAUUAUUAUUAUUAACAUUGAUUCUGGGUGGCCAUCUGUCAGGGGUGCUUUGUUUUUGCUUUCAGUGCACAAAGGCAGAGGGGGAUUGGACUCAAUGGCCGAAAGGGUCUCUUCCAACCCUCUUUUUUGUUGUUGUUGUUGUUGUUAUUAAUUAUUAUUGCUCGGUGGCCAACUAUAGUUCGGCCCUCCAACGGUCCAAAGGAUCGUGAAUUGGCCCCCUGUUUAAAAAGAUUGGGGACCCCUGUUCUAGACCCACCACUUUUAGGAUGAGCCCAGAAGUAAACAAGAUCUUGGAGGAAAAGGAGUCCUGGUAUUGAUGGGAUUUCGUGAAGACAGUUAUAGGUCCCCCACAUGACAAAAUGCUCAACUCAAGAAGGUUAUAGAUUGAGGGAAAUCAAUGCACUACCAUUGGAUUAAUCCCAUUGAACUUUAGACAUCCCCAUGAUGAGCUUUGAAUGCAUGGGUAGCAGACUAAGAAGAAUCUCAAAAUUUAAUCCUGUGGUAGCAUUGUGAUUCCAUGAUGAAUCCUGCUUAUAAGAAUGCCAGAUUUAGGGCCCUGGAAAAUGCAGUCGCAAGGCAGUGCUGGUACAACACUGCUAUCCAACACUGCUAGCUCCAUGGACAUUUCCAUGAUGUCUGUGUUAAGGCAAGAUGAUGAAUCAUGCAGCAGGAAUGUUAGGAAUGGGAAAGUUAUUGCCCUGGUGUGAGUCUUGAAAAAGUUGGAGCCUAAGGGAGAGUCAAAGCUUCCAGAGGUGUAAAAUGUUUUUGUAUGUGUGUGUUUGUGUAGAGACUGUGUUUUCCUUUUCGAGAAGUCACGCUCUUUCAGGCUGAUCCCACCAGAAAGGUGGUAGGAUAUAAUGUAGAAACAAUCAUGUGACUUUCUAAAUGAAAAUUGUUGUCCUUCUCCAUACAUUAAAAAGAAAUGCAUGACUUCCAAGCUCCAUAUUUGUCUCUAUCUGUUGUGACUCAGCCUUUGCCUUUGUGUGACUCUAAUGAGGAUUCUGGGAUGCAAGCAGGUCUGUAGCCGGAGGGGGGGGGAGGGGUUCGACCCCCCCCCGGAAUUUUUCAGGUUAAAAAAAAACCUGGUUUACUCAUGAAUUUUAACUGGUUAACCAAAUCCCCAUGCUAAGUUUAUGAGACACGAAAAAUUAAGAGUCCCUCCAGGCACUAUCUCAAGCAGAUAUUGACAGGUUUGUAGCUGGGGGGGGGGGGGGGUGUUCAACCCCCCCCCCCCCCCAAUUUUCUGGCUACGACCCUGGAUGCAAGUGCAUAAUGAUGGGAUUCAGAUUCAGGAUGAGUUUCAAGAUGACUCUGAUGGGAAUUAUGGGAAUUCAGGUGAAGAGUGUUCCUGCUGUGGGAGAUAAAGAGCAGGGAGUUUUUUUUACAUGGGAAGAUAUGAUGUUGUUUCUGAUGAUGGUUUUCAGGUGCCAGAAGCAGAAGGGGAGAAUAGCUCUGAUAACACUAACCUAAGUCUGCUUUCCUGUAUCAAGUCUGCGUUCCUAUAUUACCUCGUAGCCUGGAUGUAUUCUCGUUUCCGGGACUUUGGCUUCCUUUGAAAGGAUCUUGUUUCAUGCCUAUGCUUCUAUGGAUUUGAUGAUUACGGCCUUGUUUUGUAAUUAUAUUUUGGAACUGAACUUUUACCUUUUAUUAACUAUUUUUCUGCUUAUUUACUAAUAAACUAUAAAAGACUA